AUGAAUAACGUCAUACUACACGUUUACGAAUUACAGCCAGACACAACUUCGCGGAGGCCCCACGAGAUUUCCAAUACAGAUCGCGCAUUGCUCAUGGUAACGGGUUUGUUGCCGUCCAUUGGCAUGGGUGCUUACCAUACAAGUCUCGAAGUGAUGGAAUUGAAAUACACCUUUGCUGCCAAUGCCGGUAUUAUGUGCGGAAGGGCCAAUGGUCCUGAUGUGGGUGUACCCAAUGGCGCCAAGGGGCCUGUGCAAAGCGUCAAUUUGGGACCUUGUUUGCGGACGAAACAAGAGUUGAUUCAAAUCAUCAAAAAGCUGUCGACUUUAUUUUAUACGUCCACGAGCUAUGAUAUCAUGCAUCGAAAUUGCAAUCACUUUACCGAGACACUGGCAACCUGUCUGGUAGUACACGAUCCACGAGAACGAUUGGACACCUAUCCUGGAUGGUUGAAUCGAUUGGCCAACACUGGGGCCAUGGUAAUCACCAAAAAUGACAAUGUUGUGACAUCUAAUGUAUUGGCAGAAGCAAGGGUGGCCUCGGGAUACUGA